AGCUCACUAAACCACAGAGGCGGGCUUCAGUCUCCCUCCACCAAUGACAAGCGGCCCGGGUCAAAGUUGAAGGGUUAAAUCCAAUAUGGCGGCCAGCAAACGAGUGCUUUAUGUCGGUGGCUUGGCAGAGGAAGUGGACGAGAAGGUGUUACAUGCUGCUUUUAUUCCGUUUGGAGACGUUACAGACAUCCAGAUACCUCUGGACUAUGAGACGGAAAAGCACAGAGGAUUUGCAUUCAUUGAAUUUGAGCUGGCAGAGGAUGCUGCAGCAGCUAUUGAUAACAUGAACGAGUCUGAACUUUUUGGUCGGACGAUCCGUGUCAACAUCGCCAAGCCCAUGAGAAUCAAAGAAGGUUCUUCUCGACCAGUGUGGUCUGAUGAUGACUGGUUGAAGAAGUUUUCAGGGAAGACCAUGGAGGAGGCUGAGGCCGAGGCGGCGGCGGCUGGAGAGGCGGGCAGCACUGCAGCAGAUGAGUCUGAGCCCCCCGCUAAAAAGGGCAGAGUAAAUCCUCAGGUCUACAUGGACAUAAAGAUCGGCAACAAGCCAGCGGGGAGGCUGCGCUUCCUCCUCCGGGCUGACGUUGUCCCCAUGACAGUAGAGAACUUCCGCUGCUUGUGCACACAUGAAAAGGGCUUUGGCUACAAGGGCAGCAGCUUCCACCGCAUCAUCCCCCAGUUUAUGUGCCAGGGAGGCGACUUCACCAACCACAACGGCACCGGCGGGAAGUCCAUCUAUGGCCGGAAGUUUGACGAUGAAAACUUCGUCCUCAAACACACGGCUCCAGGGCAGCUCUCCAUGGCCAACUCUGGGGCAAACACUAACGGCUCGCAGUUCUUUAUCACCACCGAUAAAACAGACUGGCUGGACAACAAACACGUGGUGUUUGGAGAGCUGGUGGAGGGGAUGGAUGUGCUCCGAGCAAUGGAGGCUCAGGGGACUAAAGACGGGAAGCCGAAGCAAAAAGUGAUCAUUUCAGACUGUGGAGAAUAUGUGUGAUCGGAAAAGACAAUGUGUGCUUGUUUUGAGUGUGUGUAUGUCUAAGACCAAGAGCGUGUCCGUUUUGUUUCGUACUUUGAGCUCACACCUUCUGCAAUGUAAAUAUUUCAAUAAACAUUUUUAUAAGGAA